AUGAAGAAGAGGGCAGGAGGAGCUUGCCCGUCUCCGGCGAAGGGGAAAGAGAUGGAGCCGAUGAGGGAGAUCUUCGCCCGGUUCGACAUGGACGGCGAUGGCAGCCUGACGCAGCUGGAGCUGGCGGCGCUGCUCCGGUCGUUGGGGCUGAAACCCUCCGGCGACGAGGUCCGCGCCCUGCUCACCGGAAUGGACGCCAACGGCAACGGGACGGUGGAAUUCGACGAGCUGGCGGCGGCGAUCGCGCCGCUGGUGGCGGAAGAGAGCGCGCUGGUGGAUCAGGAGCUCCUCCUGGAGGUCUUCCGCCGCUUCGAUCGCGACGGCAAUGGCUUGAUCAGCGCACCGGAGCUCGCAAGGGCCAUGGCCAAGAUGGGGAACCCUAUCUCCUUCCUCGAGCUCACGGAGAUGAUCCGGCAGGCCGAUACCGACGGCGACGGCGCCAUCAGCUUCUCCGAGUUCGCCGCCAUCAUGGCCAAGUCCGCCGUCGAGUUCCUCGGCCUCUCCGGCGCGUAG